AUUGAGAAGCUAAAAGAGUGAGAAGAAUGAAGCUGCCAUGAAACUUGAGGCUUCUGAGAAGAGGGUUCAAUUGUUGGAGGAAAGAUAUUCUCACUUGGAGAAGUAUUUUGGAGUCAAAGAAGGCAAAAUGGCUGAAAAUCGUUAUGGUGAUUGGAUUGCUGACAAUCGAACCCACCCUGAUUCCACUCCAGAUGCAAUGGGGAGUUGCAGAUCAAAGAUGAAAGGUGCAUCUUCCUUCACAGUGGCUUCAGCUGUGGUGAUUCUCAGUGACAGUGAUGAAGAGAGGCCUGUGGAUGAAGGGGCCUCUCUACCAAACCUCUGUGGUUCACAAGUUUUGGGACAAACAGAGAAAUCAUCUUCCACUCACAAAAGCCAAGAAAAGAAAGAAGAGUGUGUGGUGAAGAUCGAGGAAGAAAAGAAGCUUAAGAAAGAGCCAUGA